AUGCUUGUUUUGCGAGAGGGGUGGUCCGCUGACCAUGGCGGUUAUAAAUCCUGUUGCAAUGAUAAGAAUGCCUCCGACGAGCCGGAAUUGACCAUUGGGUGGGAGAGACUUCAGAGAUCGCGGAAUCGGACGCGGGCAGCGGAGGGAGAGACCGUGUUUUGGUUCGGCAGUUUUGGGUGUGGACGUGAGGGGCAACUCUUAAAUAUGUUUGUGUAUAGGACCGUCAUUCUGUUGCUUCUAGGCCUCCUUUAUAUGGCGGCCACGACAGAAGGGAUAAAAUGUUGGUUCUGCAACAGUAUGCUGGACCCAUUCUGCAGUGAUCCAUUUGACAAUUCCACUGCAAACCCCAAGGACUGCAGUUUGGAGGAGGAUCUCCCUCACCUGCGUGGAAUCCCAGCCACUAUGUGCCGCAAGAUACGAAUGAAAGUGAAUGGUCAUUGGCGAUACAAAAGAGACUGUGCACGGCUUGGAGAGGCUGGUGUGGGGGGUGAUGAACGCUACUGCAUCUAUCGCACAGGCACCUUCAAUAUCCACACUGAAUACUGCACUUGCAAUGACAAAAAUGGUUGCAAUCCUGCAUCUGUGAUUUACCCCAGCUUUCCCCUAAUAGCACUUCUGGGAUUAUCUGGGGUAGCUGGGUGCAGAUGGUGGCUGCAGAACUGAGUGGGGAGCAAAUUCUGUUCUCUCCUUAGUACCAUGCAUGCGGUUAUCUCCUGUGAGUAGCUGUUAUUUGUUGAAUGAGGUGGAUCAUCCCAUAAACUUUUAUGGGCCUUCAGGCUAGUAGAUGGCUGUGAGAUCUGCUACUAUCAAUGAACUGUAAAAAUGAAAUAUCCAUUUGUGAAUCUCUUCCAUGUUGAGAAAUAUUUAGACCCUGUCAUAUAUAUAUAUAUAUAUAUAU